AUGCCUAUGGAACUUCGCAAGCGCAAGGCAUCUACUGCCCCUCCUCCUCCUCCUGUUAAGAGAAAGUCAACUACCAAGGUUCCCAAAGCCGCUGCCAAGGUGAAGGAGGCCGCCGCCAAGGUCACAGAGAAGAAGGAAGAGCCUGAGGAGGCUAAGGAGACUAAAGAGGAGGAGAAGACUGAGGAAGUACCCAAGGCUGAGGAACCCAAGGCGGAAGAGCCCAAGAAGACUGUUGGCAAGCCCAAGGUCGGCGAUGUUGUGGACCUUGAUGGCUUUGGAGGCGAGAUAGAGACCAAUGAUGGUGAAAAGACCACAUUGAAGAAGCUUGUUGAUGAGAGCAAGUCUGGUGUCGUCCUCUUCACCUACCCCAAGGCAUCUACUCCCGGUUGCACCAAGCAAGUCUGCUUCUUCCGCGACUCUUAUGAGCCUCUCACCAAGGACGGCCUUGCUAUCUACGGUCUCAGCGCCGACUCCCCCAAAGCCAACACAACCUUCAAGGAGAAGCAAAAGCUCCCUUACACACUGCUGUGCGACCCUAAGGCAACGCUCAUCGAGGCUAUCGGUCUCAAGAAGGCUCCCAAGGGAACGACGCGCGGCGUUUUUGUCAUCAGCAAGGAGGGCAAAAUUCUCGUCGCUGAGGCUGGAAGCCCCCAGGGCACUCUUGAUCGUGUUCAGGCACUGGUUGAAGAGCUGGCUAGCAAAUAA